AUAAUGAAAAACAAAAUGGCAGUAGAGCUGUGUUUCAACUGUGAUUCGUGUCGUGUGCAUUGGUUUGAAAUGAAGUGAGCUGUACUGGACACGUAAAAAGCGAAUUCAUUUUUUUAAUUGAUAAUAAUAAUUCUAAAGUUUUAUUGUUAUGAAAAAAUAUCGUUCUGCUUUCUGCAACUUAAAUCCCGACGACUGGCUACUGGUAAAAUGGUAUAUUAUGAAUGGUCAUUAAAGGACGUAGUUGGUUCACUGGCCGUUAUUGCCUCAUUCCUAAUUUAUGCAGCGGGAAGCAAAACCUGUUACAACAUUAUUAGAAGGAAAACAACUGGAGAUGUAACAUUAUUUCCCUUCAUUGCUUCCCUUUAUUGUGGUGUUAUUUGGUUAAAGUAUGGCUUACUGACCAAUUUGUUCAAUUUAACCCUUGCAUCAGGGGUGAACACGAUAUGUCAAAUUAUUUUUAUCAUAGUGUAUUACAUAUACUCACUGGACAGGAGGAAAUGCAAUCGUCUUCUUAUGUUAUCUAUUCCAACGCUGUACGCCGUUUUGUUUUACAUAAAAUAUGUCACAACUAAACCAGAAGCUAUUAUAUAUCUUGGUCUUAUUGGUUCUGCCACAAGUAUUUUGAUGAGUGGAUCACCAUUGGUUUCACUGGUGGAAGUUAUUAAAUUAAAGUCAACACAAUCUUUAGACUUUGGCUUCAUAGUAGCAAAUGCUCUCUCUGCUUUUUUAUGGAGUUUAUUUGGUUUUCUCGUUCAUGAUAUGAAUGUGUUUAUACCGAAUGGAAUUGGUUUUUUAUUAACUGCUGUCCAGCUAUCUCUCUUUAAACUCUAUCCAUCCAAUAUCAAAGAAUUGGUAUUGCCAACAGAAAACGAUCUUUCCAAUAUUUAACCUCUAUUUUAAUGUAAAUUAUUGUACUAGAGAAUAUCUAUUUAUCACAGACUAUUUACAUUAUUUUUAAAUUUUUAGGUGAUUUUUUAAGAUAUUUAUAGAGAUUAUAUAAUUGCCAUUAAUUUUUAAUUUCAGUGUGCCUCUACACAGAAUUUUGUUUUAUUCACAGUGCGAAGAGUUUUAAGAUUUCUCAAUGUAAAUAUCUUUAGUUAGAAUCUUUAAUAAUAGCCGUAUUCUGUCUGUUUGUUCGCAAGAAAAAUGUCAUGUUAUAUAAUGGACAGGCAAACCCGUGGAUUUAUUCACAGCCUACUGACUAGUGUAUAUCAAACUUUCCAUCUGUGAGCCGAAAAUGGUAGCUGUUGGUAGCUAUGGCCAAAUUCCUAUGAAUUUUUUAAUGGGCUAACGACUAGUAUUUCAAAAUAUUUAGGAUUUUGAGAAAAUAUCUUCUAUUUUAUUUCAAUUUAUUUUAUUUUUUAUUAGCUGCCUAUAUUAUUUUUGUUUUAAUAUAUAAAUUAAACUAAAAUUAUUCUUUACAUUUUUACACAUAUAACAGAUAUGCAUCACUCUAAACAGU